AUGAGUGACAUGCUGGAGACCCAGAUACCAUCUCAAACAUGGAGUGAAAAAAUAAACCAGGCUAAUAAAGCUGCCCUUCUGACUUGGGUGAAAAAGACUGGAAUCCAGUUAGUGCAGAUCAAUGGGCAGAGAAAAUAUGGUGGUCCUCCACCAGGAUGGGCUGGCUAUGCCCCACCAUCUGGUUCAGAGGUUUAUAUAGGAAAAAUCCCCCAGGAUAUCUAUGAGGAUAAACUUAUUCCUCUCUUCCAAAAUGUGGGGAGGCUUUAUGAAUUUCGUCUCAUGAUGACAUUUAGUGGGCUUAACCGUGGCUUUGCCUAUGCUAAGUACAUGAACCGCCGAGACGCCCAGGAGGCAAUUGCUUUACUCAACAACUUCGAAAUCCAGUCUGGCUCCCCCAUUUUGGUUUGUAGAAGCACCGAGAAGUGUGAGCUCUGCAUUGAUGGCCUGGCACCCUCGCUGAAAGAGUGCCACCUUCUGCCAAUGCUGCAGGAACUAACCCCAGGACUCCAAAGCAUCUCCUUACAUGCCAGCCCUUUCAGGAAGAAGAGGCAGCUGGCAGAGGUGAAAUACAUUUCCCAUCAGGCUGCUGCAAUAGCCAAGAAAAAUCUUGUGGAAGGUAGCUUGUGUCUCUGUGGAGAUCAAAUUGAAGUGGUUUGGCUAACACCUACUAUUAAACAGGAGCUCCAUAAUGUCUCAGUUGCAGCAAGGGCCAGUGUAUUAGAUCAUUUAAAAUUUCAGUGUAAGCUGCAUCAGCUGGGCCGUCCUGUAAUCUUUACAAAAUGUGUGCAGCGGAAUCCUGAAGACUGGCUGCAGUUCUGGUAUCAAGUGGUGAUACCAAAAUAUCCAUCACCCUUCAGUGGGUUCAUUUGGAUCAAGCCUGAUCCCUCUGGCUUGGAAGACCAUGAAAAAGUGAAGAAUUUUGUGGCCUUGCAGCUACUUAAAGUCCUAGGGUACCCUGUGAUGUAA